AUGCUCGAAGGAGAGGCUGAGUACUGGUGGCAGGGGAUACAACAACUGCUGCAACAGAAUGAAGAUGACAUUCCUUGGGAUUCCUUUAGAGACGAAUUCUAUAAGAAGUAUUUUCCGAGAGCAGCACGUGAUGCCAAGGAGAUGGAGCUUAUGCUGCUGAAGCAAGGGGAUAUGACUAUUGCUGAGUAUGCCCGUAAGUUCGCUGACUUAUGCCAUUUCUCUAAGAUUUGUCAAGGGAACCUAGCGGACUUUGAGGAAUGGAAGUGUUUAAAGUUUGAAGGAGGACUCCGAGAAGAACUGAUGAAUUUUGUUGUUCCGCUAGAGAUAAGAAAUUUUGCUGAACUGGUGAAUAAAAGUAAACUAGUGGAAGAAUGUUCGAAGAAGGUGGCAAUAGCUCGAGCGAAUCGUAAGGAAGCCUCAAGAAGAGACUUUAUUCGUGAUCUAGCCCCUGAAGGUCGUAACUUUAAGGCAAAUGGUCAGUUCCAGCGCCAAAAUGAAAAUCAACAGAAUGGUAACUUUCUCGCUCGUAACAAUGGCAACCACAACAACUAUAAUUUGGGAGAGGAAGAAGGAGGUCAACCUCAGCAAACUCAGGAUAUUUCAAUCUGCUCAAGGUGUGGGAAGGAUCAUGGUAAUAGAGCUUGUAGAUAUGGGACACACGCUUGUUUUUCUUGCGGAGAUUAUAGACAUAUAUCAAGGUGA